AACGACGUCAUUUAUAUUCGUCUCUAUCGCUUAAGGCGGUUAGUUGCGUGUCAGGAAAUCGAAAGCCAGCAAAUUAAGCUAAGCUAUACUGAACUCCAAUCUGAAUUCUGAACUUCUGAAGUCGACCUCUCAAUCGCCCGAUCCGAAAUUCUCUACACCUACAUACAGUGCACUACAAAACAGUAGAGCUAGAAUUAAUGGCGGCGCUGUCGGAGUUGGAUGCCACCGAGGCCAGCCUCUCCCUGCCGUCGUGGAGAUGGAGCUACAGCUACCUGGAGAAGAUCCGGAGCAUGUCCGUCGUCGGGUCAUCGUCGUCGUCGUCGUCGUCUCGCUCGGCAAGAUCCAGUAACUACAGCAGCACCGUCUCCAGCACCGAGUCCGGCGCCGGCUCUCACCGUCGUCGCUGCAAAACCGGCGCUGCCUCCGGCGGCUCCUUCCUGAGAGUGGUAGGGUUCCAAGUCCCAGGCCCUCGCGAUAUCGCCAGCCAAAUGGUCCGUGACGGCUUCGUGCUUGCCCUGAUCGGAGCGUUCGGCCGCGCGCCGGGACCCGUGCUGGAGAGGUGGUUCUCCGAGCUCGACGUCGGCUGGGUGCUCCGGCCAACUGAUCAGCAGCAGCAGGAGGAGGAGGAGGAGGAGGAGGCCGAGCGGCUGGUAUGGCGGUGGACGCGAGCGCUCACCGUGAUGGCCCAUGCGCUGAGCGCCACGCAGGGCCACCUCCACGACGAGAGGUCAGCCGCCGCCGCCGCCGCCGCCGCCGUCGCCGUCGUUGGAGGUGUGGAAUUCGCAAUCUCCCAGCCGCCACAUCACACGGCGCCCGCGGUAGCUUCUUCCUCCGAUCAUGAACUGCUGCUACGCGGCGUCGUCGGCGGCGGCGAUGACCUCUGCCUCGUGCGGUUCACUGACACGACCAUCUCCAAGAUGAUCGCCUUCGCCGCCGCCCUCGCCGCCGCCGGUAAGGCCGGGACUUGCCCAACUCCAACCGCGGAUAGCUUCUUUGGGCUCAUGGAGGUGCACACCUGCAUCUCCGACGUGUCAGAGAUCCUCAUGCCCGCCUUGAAACAGGAGGCUCUCGAUCUCCGGCUACCUGAUUCAGAACAAAUGCAAAGCCUAGUCAACAAGAUCGGUGAAGCCAUGGCGAACACACAGGACAGCUUGGGUGAAGCCAUACGGAAGACGGCCAAGGAUGCUGAAGCUGUUACUCCUGUCUUGAGCGCCAUGGAUUCCUGGGAAAAAUUCACACAGACUGAAGGAAUCCACAGGGCUACUCGGUUAAUCGUGGACUAUGCAAGUUUGUUCUGGGGAUACCGUAGAGUGCUGGAGUCCAUCCUAUGUUGUUACAGGAGUGAAAGUAGCCAGAAUUGUUGGGAGAUAGUACAAAGCCUGAUUGAGCAAAUGAUCAUCACCUUCCUGGACCAGCUCGAGAAGAAAUCCGAGUCAUUCUCUGACCCUAGCCUGAGGUACAUCUUCUUGAUUAACAACUCCUACUUCAUACAGGACCAGUUUCUUGCCACCAACACCGAUUACAGCUUCCCAUCGAGCAAAGGGAUCAGAUAUUGGCACUACCAGAAUUGUUACCUCGAUGUCUCAUGGGAGCCCGUGCUGUCUUUCCUUUACCUAUACAAUAAGAUGCCAAAGUUCUUCCCCAAACACUCCCCGCAGCUGCUGGCCAGAUUCCAGUCGGAAUUUCAGAAAGCGUGCAGGCAUCAGAAGCUGUGGAAAGUCCCGAACACCGAGCACAGGAACUCGCUGCGAAAAGCCAUUAGUGACAAGGUCAUCACUGCAUACAGAAAGUACCUGGAGGGCCAUCUGGAGCCAGAGAAAAGUAGCAGCGAUCUGCUGGCCAUGGAAGACAUGGUGAACGAGCUAUUUGAAGGAUGAAGGAGUACUAAUUCCUGUUUUAGAAUUACAUGGCCUAAUUGGCCAUGCGUAUAGGAUAAAUUUUGAAGCAGCUAACAGGACAAGGGGCUAAGGUUAAACAAGUUCAUUCGAUGCCUCUUUUUUCUAGUGUUCUGAUUUUUUUUAAGGAAAUCUUCAUUCUACCUUGACAAGGAAUAAUAUGUACUUCAGUCUUGCUGUGCCAGAUUUGUUGGCACAUUGCAAUGCGUGCUUCCUCUUGUAUUAGAUCCUCCUUUCCUUGUUCAUGGCUUGUCCCGCUCGGCCUCAGGGGCUCCGACAGAUAUGGGAGAACAGAGACAGGCAGUUCAUGUUCA